UCAUUUCCUUUUCGUUUAUCUAUUGAUUCUCCGGCACCUAGCUUUAGCUUAUUUAUCAUUAUAUUACAGUUGAAGCUACUUUUUCUUUGCUUCCGUUUGGCUUUAAUGGCGUCAAGCUCCGGCGACGACGAGUUCGUUGUUCUCGUAUGCUCCGAUCCUAAUAACCAGAUCGAAACUGAUAUUUCCAAUGAAGAAAUCGUUAUUUCCACAACGGAUUUCUCCACUUGGGAUUACCCUUCCACUCUCUCUUUCUCAACGUUCAAAAUCCAAGCUCAUCGGAAUAGGCUUAUUGAAGAAUCUUCCUACUUCCGUGGCCUUCUCAGUGGAAGUUUCAGUGAAUCAUGCUUGGACUAUAUUUCAAUCCAGUGGCAACUGGAAACGUUUUUGAAUGUCGUUAGAUGCAUCUUUGGCUUCCGUUUAGACAUCACUUCCAAGAAUUUCAUCCCUCUUUUCCAGGCAGCGCUUUAUUUCGGAGUGGAAAUGCUUCUCAUGCAGUUGAAAUCUUGGCUUUCUGAGGCGUCCUUAUCCAAAGAUCCUGGGCUGUUUCAAAUACAAUUGGAGGAUCUGAUCGAUAUAUGGGAUUUUGGUUUAGAACUUGAUAAUGGUUUUGUUCAAGAAAUAUGUGCAAGCUACCUAGCCAGAAACUUUAUGUGGGCCAUGUCUAAUAAAAUUUUCAAAGACAUGCCUUAUGAGUUGUUGUUACUUUGCGUAAAGCAUCCCCAUUUGACUAUAGACAGUGAGAAGCACCUUUCUGAUGCACUAUUAAUUUGGCUUCAUUCUAAUACAGAACAGUUGGAAAGAUCAAGUAAGACAGAAUGUGAAUUUUUUGACAUUUUAAAGCAGAUCCGCAUUAGCCUUUUGCCAUUAUGGUUUGCUGCGGGGAAAAGAAGUUCUAUCAGUUUUUCUGAGCUUGCAAAUGAGAGUGUUGACUCAAUUUUUAAACUAAUGAAAGUUACACCAAAAGGAUCAAUGAAUGUUUUAGGCGAUGGUGACUUGAGUCAUCUCAGAAUUCGAUUGACCAAAUAUUCCAAGAAAGUGGACCUUUCUGGUUGUCCACAGAUAACACCAAUGAUUCUGCUCUUGUCUUUUCUUCCAAAUAACCAUAAUUCAUAUUUGGCGUUGAGAAAAACUAUCAAAGAAUCUGCUAGUAACUUUGAACAAGCUGAUGGAACUAAAUGUCAAAUCACACAGAGUUUGCUGCCUACUUUGUCCUUCGAAGCAGUACUAGAGGUGGAUAUAUCAGGUUGUCUGAAGCUACCUCUUGAAGAUGCUAUUGAUUACUUUUCAAAUUCAUUUCCAUUUUUAAGAAGGGUGAAAGCUGCUUAUCUUUUGAACUUCAAGAUGACCACUUUGUAUAGGUUGAUUCAGAAGUGUUCUCUGGUAUCUGAAGUUGAUAUAACUGUUGACGUAAAUCCACUUAUUUCAUCACAACUGUCAGUUAUAUCCUCAAGCUCAGCUGUAGUUUCAAUGGCACCAAACAGGGCAUAUUUUGUUGGUGAUAAGUUUUCUAUGACAUCUCUUUAUCAUUUGGGACCUUCACUAUCAAAUAUCACAAAGCUGACAUUGGAGGGCAGAAGUGAUGUCUGUGAUUCGCAUAUCCAGUAUAUCUCAAAAUUCUGUGCCUCCUUAUGUUAUUUGAAUCUUAAGGGGUGCAUCUCGGUGACAGAUGUCUGCAUGGCAAAUCUUAUUCGCAGAUGUACAAAGCUACAGUCACUUCUAGUUUGUCAUACUUCUUUUGGAAUGAAUUCAAUUCUAGCUCUUUGCAAUGCUAGUCCUAGUUUUGGUAAUUCUCCGUCUGCACAGUUUGGAAAAAGACCUUUGGAUUCAUUGGCGUCUAAUCUUCAAUUACUGCACAUGGGUGGCUGCAAGUGUGCCGAUGAAGCUUCUUUACUAGAGCUUUUGUCCCAAAACCAAAUGCUGAAGAGUCUUUGCUUGAGGGACACAAAUCUUGCUGACAGUGCUCUUUGUAGCUUCUCGGGUUCUCUCUUGGAGGUGCUUGAUGUUUCAAAUACAAUGAUUUCUGGCGCGGCAUUACAUCAUGUUGUCUGCACAAAUCCUGGCCUUAAGUGUUUGAAUGCAAGAGGCUGUAAAAAUUUGUUUCAACCAGAAAAUACAAAAAAAGAGGCAAAAAUCUCUUCCUCAUAUUCAUGUGAAGAACUCUUUAUCGAGCUUGGUAAGACAUGCCGAUUAGAAGAAAUUGCACUAGGAUGGGGGCUUUCAUACUUUUCUUUACAAGCCCUAAAACCUGCAAUUUUGUCGUUGAGAGCAAUGACUGUGUGUUUGGGUGGAACAUUACCCGAAGAUUCACUGAGAUUACUGCCCACCACAUGUCCUUUGCUGGAAUCAUUAGUUCUUUAUUUUCAGGUAAUAUCUGAUUGCAUGAUAAUCAACAUACUGACAUCCUUAAGGCAAUUGCGAACUUUGGCUUUGUGCUACUGUUUUGGUGAUAUAUCCAAUUCAAGCUUCAACUUAUCUAUGCCAAAUCUGCGGAUAUUGAAGCUCGAGAGAGUAACUCCUUGGAUGGCUAAUAAUGACUUGGUUCUUCUGACUCGGAACUGUGCCAACUUGGUUGAACUUUCCUUGUUAGGAUCCAAACUUAAUUCAGAUGCUCAAUGUAUCAUCUCACACGGAUGGCCAGGCUUGAUUUCUCUCCAUCUCGAGGACUGUGGAGAAGUGACUGAAAAUGGCGUUUCUUCUCUUUUCAACUGCAUUGCUCUCGAAAAUCUCUUGCUUCGACAUAAUGGCUCUGGUAUACAAAGAAACUUCAUCCUUGAAGCUGCUUCAAAAAUGCCAAUGCUUCGGCAAGUAUCGCUCGAUGUGUGUGAUGCAAAAGAAGGUGAUUUCGACCUUCCAGAUGAUGCUGACAGGUAUUCUUUGAGAAUUGUGAAGAUUGCCCGAUGCAAGUCGACUAGAUGCAAUGUAGGCUCCCAUUUUGCUGAUACUACUAGAAAACCAGUGCAUAGGGAGACACUAGUACUGGUAUGGAACAGCACAAAUGUUGUUAGAACAGUCGUGAAGGAAAGGCUAUAGCCUUUGAGCGAAAGGACAUGCCGGCAUCGGCAGCAUGAAACAAAUAGAAAAGGCAAGUGAUUUCAGGUUCGAAUUGUAUCGGUUGUUUUUAUUAGACAUGGAAUUGUUUUCGUAUUCAACUAUGGUAGUAAAUUAAAUUGUUAUGAAGUCCACGAAACCAAAUAAGUUUCUUGCAAGACACUCUUUGAUUCUCAACAAUGAGAGCCGAGCCACCUUUGAUUUCUCCAA